CACAGUAUUGACACAUGAAGAGCACGUGGAAGAUGGACAAUCGCCUGCGUCAUGGGAGAUGUAUUUCAAGUUGCGCUAUCAUUCAGUAGCGUUCAGCGUGAAUAACGAUACUUUAAAACUCUAAGUCCCGCCUUACACUGCGAGAGAGAGACCUUUUCAGCAGUAGCCCGAAGUCAGUCAGCAAGAGUCAGGAAAAGAAGAAAAGGACACAUAUAAUUGCAAGAAAAAAGGCUCAACUUGUGACAGACUGCAUGCAAUGGCUUUUUCAUCAAACAUCACUACAUUCACUCUUUCUGGACUUAAUUUAACAAAGGAAAGCAAAUAUAUAUAUUUUUCACUGGCUCUUCUGGCAUAUUUUAUGGUGUUAUUUUUCAAUCUUAGUCUUGCUAUCACUGUUCUUCAUGAAAAGACACUUCACGAGCCCAUGUACAUUUUCCUGUGCAAUUUGUGUAUCAAUGGAAUAUAUGGAACCUCAGGUUUCUAUCCAAAAUUCCUGCUUGACAUAAUCAGUGACUCACGUGACAUUCCAUAUAGUGGAUGUCUACUUCAAGUAUUUGUGAUUUAUUCCAGCGUUAUGUGUGAUUUUACCACACUGACAGCGAUGGCAUAUGACAGGACUGUAGCCAUAUGUCGGCCAUUAGAAUAUCACUCUAUAAUGACGACCCAGGCUGUUGUUACGUUGCUAAUAUUUUGCUGGCUGCAUCCUUUGUUUUGUUCCGUUCUUAUGAUCGCUUUGACAAGAGUGUUGCCUUUAUGUGGGUCUCACAUAGACAAACUGUACUGUGACAACUGGUCUAUUGUGCGGCUUUCUUGUUUUCCUACCACACUGAAUAAUGCAAUUGGAUUCAUUGUAAUACUUUCAUUCAUGGCACAUGCCAUUUUUAUCCUUUAUUCAUAUAAGAAAUUGAUCACUGCAUGUAGAAAUUCUAGAGAAGACAAGCUGAAGUUCAUGCAGACCUGUGUACCACAUUUACUUACCAUAACAAUUUUUUCAAUAUCUGUGCUUUUUGACACAAUGUACAGUCGAUAUGGAUCAAAGGAUACCCCACAGAGUCUACGCGAUUUCAUGUCUUUGGAAUUGUUAAUAAUCCCACCCCUUUUCAACCCUAUUAUUUAUGGAUUAAAACUUACUGAGCUCCGCAGAAGAAUUCUGAGACCAUGCAAAAGACUUACAGUUGCUCAGAACAGUGAACCAGGAAGAAAAAUAAGAAGAAAAAUAAUAUUUUCAUGAUAAGUUCAUUGUCCAUUGAUUACAAAAAUACGUAAAUUGAAAUACUACAUAUAAGGAAUAUUACAUGCUGAGGAAUAUGGACAUAGCAUAUAUGUAUAUGAAAAUGUAUAAGAUAUAUCAGGGAAUAUGAGCGAAUAUCAAUUAUUAUAGUUAUGAAUCCAUGUUUUCAUAUGUUGAGAUUGCUGGUGAGAUUGCUGAUUACUUUAAAACUAUACACUGUAAAACUGAAUUGAACUGACCUUAACAAACACCUAAGCUUCUGUGCAUGCCAAACAAUCCCAUAACAAAGAUCCACUGCCAUAUUUUACAGUAGGAUGACAUUUGGACAGCACAAGACUGCUUCCUUCAUGUUACUUAAGUGCUGCACUUUGAUUGGUGAACUGCGAUUACUUGGAGCAUGCCCAGUGCUUUUAAGGUUGUCUUUUGAGGAAGCACGGGGCCUCCUUGGUGUGUUAUUUACAUUUGUACAACCUAUUAUUUAUUCUUCCAUGUUUGACGAAGACAAACAUUGGGCUAAUGGUAACUAG